CCCCCAGCCUCUGGCAAGAUCCGAUCUCAACAGUGGUGGACACACUGACCGGCUGCUCCAAGUCACCAUGGACCCUGAAGGCCUGCAUCUCCUGCUGCCCCCUACGACCUUGGCAGCCCUGGUCAACAGCUGGCUGCAAGAGGACUGCCCGGGCCUCAAUUUUGCAUCCUUGGUCACCGGGUCGGCCCCUUCGCAGGCUGCGCUGUGGGCCAAAUCCUCCGGGGUUCUAGCAGGGCGACCUUUCUUUGAUGCCGUCUUCACUCAACUCAACUGCCAAGUGUCUUGGUUCCUCCCGGAGGGAUCGAAGCUGGUACCUGUGGUCAAGGUGGCGGAGGUCAGGGGACCUGCCCACCACCUGCUGCUGGGAGAACGGGUGGCCCUUAACACCCUGGCCCGCUGCAGUGGGAUUGCCAGCGCGGCGGCCUCAGCUGUGGAGGUGGCCAGGAGCACGGGCUGGACUGGACACGUGGCGGGCACCAGGAAGACCACGCCGGGAUUCCGACUGGUUGAGAAGUAUGCGCUCCUAGUGGGCGGGGCUGCAUGCCACCGCUACGACUUGGGAGGGCUGGUCAUGGUGAAAGACAACCACGUGGUGGCAGCGGGCAGCAUGGAAAAGGCAGUGCUGAGGGCCCGGCAGGCAGCCGAUUUCUCCCUGAAGGUAGAAGUGGAAUGUAGCAGCCUGAAGGAGGCGGUGCAGGCAGCCGGGGCUGGGGCUGAUGUGGUAAUGCUGGACAACUUCAAGCCUGAGGAGCUGCACCCAGUAGCCGCUGCACUUAAAGCCAAAUUCCCUAACGUGGCUGUGGAAGCCAGUGGGGGUGUCACACUGGACAACCUUCCCCAGUUCUGUGGGGCCCACAUUGACGUCAUCUCUUUGGGGAUGCUGACCCAGGCUGCUCCAGCCCUGGAUUUCUCCCUCAAACUGUUUGCGGAAGGGAAUACUCCAGUGCCUCAUGCCCGCCUGUCCUAAAGCCGAAGAAGAUGCCACCAGAAUGGAUUACUGUGAUUUCUUG